GUGGGGUGGGGGCCGGACUGAGGGGCGGGGCCGAGCGCAGCCGGGAAGGCAGCCGGGACCGGCGGGGCCCGUGCGUAGAGGCGCCCGCUCCCUUGCCGGCUUUCCGCUCUCCCCUUCUCCCCCGGACCUCUGCCCUCUACAUUUAUCCUCACCUUCUCACAUCCCCUCCGACCCCUCCGCCCCCUCGCCAGCCGGUUCCCUUUUCUUUCUUCCCACUUACCUCCCCUGGGUACCGGGGGUAGGCAGCCUCGAUUGAACCCGCUCACUUCUCAGCCCCAGUUUCCCCGUCUUCUCUCUCUCUCUCCUGCUUUUCCUUCCCUCUCUUUCUCAUAUCUUAGGGACUGUCUAGUGCCUACAAACCCCCAAUCUGGCGCUGCCUCUGCCCGGAAUCUCGACUCUUCCUCUCCCAUUAUCCCCACCCCCAACUUGGCACCCAGCUUUUCUCUUCACUUUUUUAGCUCUCGCCUCUUCUGCCCUCCCUCCUCUCCCUGUUCCCCUCUAUCUUCAUCCUUAGUUCCACUGUCCUCAGUUCUUAGUCUAUUCCCGCAUCACUUCCUCCUCUCCCACCCCCAUUCUCAAUCCCCUGGCCCCUCUGAAGCCUACCCUUUCUGUUCCUGUCCCCCAGUGCUCUCUCCUUCACUUCCAGUGAUCAUGACUGCUAUCCCAGAUUGGAAGCUACAGUUGCUAGCCCGGCGGCGGCAGGAGGAGGCAGCAGUUCGUGGCCGUGAGAAAGCAGAACGGGAUCGCCUGUCCCAGAUGCCAGCCUGGAAGCGGGGAAUCCUGGAACGUCGCAAGGCCAAGUUGGGCCUGCCUCCUGGAGAGGCGAGCCCUGUGCCUGGGACCGCAGAGGCUGGACCUCCGGACCCAGAUGAAUCCGCUGUCCUCUUGGAGGCUAUUGGGCCAGUACAUCAGAACCGAUUCAUUCAGCAGGAGCGACAACGGCAGCAGCAGCAGCAGCGAAAUGAAGUACUUGCUGAUAGGAAGCCUGGGCCUCUGGAGGCUCUAGAUCGGAGAUCAAGUCCUAGUAAUUUAAGAGAGCAGAGCCCCAAGGGAAGAGAGUCAAGAGAAGAGAGGCUAAGUCCCAGGGAGGCCAGAGAUAAGAGGCUGUUGACAGGGGGAGCCCAAGAGUCAUGUUCCAGGACUUCGGACGCUCGAGACUGGAGGCAGAGCCCUGCAGAGGCUCAGAAAUGGAGGCUGAGCCCUGGAGAAACUCCAGAGGAGAGUCUGAGAUUAGCAAGUCCCGGAGACGACAGUCCCAAGAGAAAAGAGGUAUUGGAAAGCAGACUGAGCCCCGGGGAAUCUGGCGACCAGAAGGCCUGCCUGACAGAGGCCCAUAAAUGGAAUCUUGACCUGAAAGAACCCCAGGAACAGAGCUCAAUACAGCUGGAGGCCACAGAGUGGAGACUGAACUCAAGAGACGAGGGGAAAGACUACUUGGAGGAGUGUGGGAGGAAGGAAGAAAAACCGAGUCCGGGGAUUGUCCUAGAACACUCUCCAGUGACAAAAGAGGGCCAAGACACCAUCUCUGGAGAAGUGGAGACUGCUGCUGAGGGGAGACCUAGCCCUGUGGAGGAUGGAGACAGGAUCUCAAGACCCACAGAAGGCUGGAAAUGGACCUUAAACUCUGGGAAAGCCCGAGAAUUCCGGGAUAUAGAGACACGAACUCAGAAGCCGGAUCCUCCAGCAUCUUCAGAGAAGCACCUGGGGCCUUCUGGUUUGGAGGCUGAAGAGGAGGCUAAGGAGGAGGCGGGGGCUCAGAGCAGGCCUCUGAGAGCCCAGCAGAACCUCCGCUCUGGGCCCUCCCCCCUCCCACCAGAGCAUGCCGGGGCAGGGACGGAAGGCUCCAGACAGCAGGAAGAGGAAGCAGCAGAACCCCGGCCCCCAAAGACAGCCCCUCUGUCUCCCCCACCCCCAGCCCCAACUGCCCCCCAGCCCCCUGGGGAUCCCCUCAUGAGCCGUCUGUUCUAUGGGGUGAAGGCAGGACCGGGGGUGGGGGCCCCCCGCCGUAGCGGACACACCUUCACUGUCAACCCACGGAGGUGUGUGCCCCCUGCCAGCCCAGCCCCACCGGCCACCUCAGCUACAGCUGAUGCUGCAGGGCCUGGAUCCGGGAAGAAGCGGUACCCAACUGCUGAGGAGAUCUUGGUGCUAGGGGGCUACCUCCGUCUCAGCCGCAGCUGCCUUGUCAAGGGGUCCCCUGAAAGACAUCACAAACAGCUCAAGAUCUCCUUCAGUGAGACGGCCCUGGAGACCACGUACCAAUACCCUUCCGAGAGCUCGGUACUGGAGGAUCUGGGCCCGGAGCCUGAGACCCCCAGCGCGCCCACCCCCUUGGCGUCACAGCCUGAUGACGACGACGAGGAGGAGGAAGAGGAGUUGCUACUGCAGCCUGGGCUCCAGGGCGGGCUGCGCACCAAGGCCCUAAUCGUGGAUGAGUCCUGCCGGCGGUGACCAUCUUCCAGUCUGGGCCUGUACCUCCCCGCUUCCCAUACCUGAAGAUCCUGGAGUUCGGAAGAUUCAGAGCCGACAGACUCUGGCAAUGAGCCUGACAGGGAGGGGCUGUGAGCACAUUCCAACUUGCUUCUCCCAUCCCGUUUCUGGGGCAGAGCCAGUAGCCUAUAUUUACCCCUACCCCAAGGUUCCCUGUGGGAGUGGUCACGUGGGCUGGAGCAUCCUCCGUGAGCUAACAGUGAGCAUUAGGUCCUCGGGCGGAACACAGGGUUCACCUGGGUUUGAGAUAGAUGGAACACCUCCAGCCCCAUGACAGGGUACACUGUCCCCACAGCCUUUGACUUCCUGCCACUCCCGGGGACACUCAGGAUUUAAGCAUUCACCUCCCUGGGAGGUCUUGAUCCCACUCCAUCCACAAGCACCCUUUUCCUAGGUCACUGCCCCUUUGUUUACAGCCUCCUCCUCCUCCCUUGAUCACAGCCUGGUUUACAUACCCACCAGCUCCCAGUCCCGCCUGCCAAAGUCCCAGGUUUACAAGCUCUGCCUACCCGGCUUCCUGAGGAAUCCUCUACCCUCCUCUUGUUUUAUUGAGAGUGACCUGGGGAGGUGUGUGUGGCUUUCUUCACCUUUGCUCAGUAUUACUGUGCCUCAGUUUCUCCCAAGAGAGAAGGCUGAGGGGUCCUAAUUCUGAACCCCAUGAGAAUUAUUUAAUUCUGUUCCUCCACGUGGUUCACAUUGAAUUGAAUUGCAGCGUGGGGGGCACUAAAGGAGGUGCCUCGUUUCUCGCCUAUUGCUCCUUUAUUAAUUGCCUGAUUUGUUUCUUUUUGUAACUUUCCAUAAUAAAAUGGAGCUCUUUUC